AUGAACAUUUUACUUAAUGCAUAUGUCAAGUUGAAUAGUUUUGACAAAGUUUUAGUUGUGCUUCAAGAAAUGUCUCAUAAAGGAUUAACCCCCAAUAUCUUCACUUAUACCAUAAUUAUUGAGGCCUUCAGUAAGGGAAAUAAACUUGAAAUUGCUGGCCAACUUUUCGAGGAAAUGAAGACUCGUGGUCUAAAACCUAAUGUAGUUACUUGGAAUUCAAUUCUUUAUGGCUUGUGUGAAGUCUCAGAACUAGAUAAGGCUGUGGUGUUGAUAGGUGAAAUGGUGAAUGAAGGGGUGUCUCCUAAUAUUGUCACAUAUAGUCUUUUAAUGGAUGGCCUAUGUAAAGUCGGGCAACUUAAGGAAGCAAUAGAUGUAUUCUCAUCUCUCCCAUCUAAAGGAUUACAAAGAGAUGUGCAUGCCUACACUAUAAUGAUUAAAGGACUUUGUAAAGGGGGUUUAAUUGAUGAUGCAUAUGAACUUUUCAAGAAAAUGGAGGAUGAUGGAUGUUCUCCGAAUGAGUACGCCAUUAACACAAUGAUUACUGGAUUUAUAAAUGGUGGUCAUCUUAGCAAGGUUUUGGAUCUAGUCAACCUUAUGACUAAAAAACAAUUCAAGGCUAAUGCUAUCACAACUCCAUUGCUACAAGGUUUACUAAUUCGUCAUGAUGUUAGUGACUUUGAAAAGGAAUCAAUUCUACAAGUUUUGAAAUCGAAACUUGUAUAUAGUUCAACUUGAAAAUUUAACCAUGAUGUUGUCUAUGAUGGGAUUACGACUUUGAUAUUGUUGUUGACUUGUUGUACAUUGUCGUGUUAAAACUCACCAUAUAACUUCCAAUUUUUAUUUUUGUUUGAUAAGUAGUCAAUACCUUACAUUAGCUCUAUCAAAAUUCAAUAUACUUUUUGUUUUCUAGUAUUUCCAUCCGCUACUCCUAUUACACAAUAUUUUAAAGCAAUUUUCUUUUUUGAGGACGGUCUUAGAGAAAUACAGAUACAUGGCUUUGCAACUAAA